AGUGGGUCGGUGGCGGGUGUCCAUGUCCUAGAGAGCGGUGCUCGGCGGUGGCGCUGUGCGCGCGGCGGUUGUGAGGUUAAGACUAUACUUUCAGGGAUCAUUUCUGUAGUUGGUCACUAGAGGAGAGUGAUCGCACCUGAACGGCGUCACAAGCCACGAGGAGGAGCGAGGUGCUGUCUCCUGAGCGCGAGGCGGGCGGGCGGCGCUGCUUGUGCAGGGGCCUCCCGCCAUCGAUGACCGUUCCCGCCCCUUGUGGUGUCGGGAGGGAGAGAGCACGGGCUGAGUGGUUUGUGGCCGGUUUUUUUAUAUGGUUCCAAAAGCAGAUGAUGAGGUGAGCAGGGUGUCCUUGCUGCCCGGGUAGUUCCAUGCAAGCCAACGCGUUCCCAGAGGUUCUCGGCUGCCUCCGACGGUCCCCAGCCCCUGCCUGGAUCUUCGGUAGCGGUGGCAAUGGGGACCUUCCGAAAGCAGUGCCGGGGAGGGGGGAGGUAGGCAGACGGGUUUAGGUUUCAAAUCCGGUGAGGUUGUUCAGUGAAAAGAAACACUUUGAAAGUUUGUUAGCAUCUGUGUGUGCCAGUCAGGCGAUGGUUUUCUCGAGCCAUCUGUGGUGUAGGGCAGGGUAAGUCGGUGGCUGGUGUUGAGUGCUCAUCAGAGAGGCUAGGGGAGAAACUUGGAUUCGUCUUUCCUGGGAGCCUCUGUCACUCAGGCCAGACCUGGAGCAUUUGAUCAGAGUCUGCGAAGGGUUUGGGAGAGACUGCUUCAUGUUGUGCCCUUUAUACAAUGCAGUGCCAUGGAAGGUGGGGUACGUCAGGUUGGAUCCUGGAGCACAGAGUGUCUCCUGGGGACUAGGGUUGAGAAGAGCUACCCGGUGAUACACCAUCAGCUCUUGUGUGGGAGUCCUUAUGCUCGGGCUGGAUCUGGGGAUAUCAAGGCUCGUGUUUAUUAAGGCCAUGUUCUGUGGAGUCGUUGUAGCUGGUAUGUGAAGCGUGCCUGAAGGUGCUGGGACUGGGUAGCCGCCGGAAGCCAGCACAGCCCCUUCAGAGUGCCAGGCAAGGGAGGCACAGUGCUGCCUGGUGUCAGUGCCUGGUCCUCUGCUCCUCCAGCGGAACUGGGCAGUGGAGCACGGACCGAAGCGCUGUCGUCUCUUGGAUGGUGUCAUAAAAACGGCAGCAGCUCGGGCGGGUGUAGCCCCAGCGCGGAGCCCGGUCUCUGCAGACGUAUGCUUCUGUGUGUGCUGGGGUCGGAGCGCCGGGGCGGUAGGCCGGGCGGGGCGUGUCACGAGGCGUGUGAGAGCGGAAGCGGAGCGGCGCGUCUGAGGGGUCGUCUCAGGCAGACGAUGCUAAUGAGGGACCGGGGGCCCGAUUCCCACCACGCGCGGCAGUGCCGCGGGUCCCGGGGCGAGCCGGGGGGGUCGCGGGACGCGGUUCUGCGGCGGCGGGAACUCGGCGGGUGUUUUUGUUGAUGCUGUAAAUUCAAUGGGCCAAACUUCUCUCUUCAUUGCUGCAUUGCUAGGUCUUGGUAAAAUAGUAGAUAUACUGCUGGAUUAUGGCUCUGAUGCUAAUCAUCGCUGUUACGACGGAAGCACCCCAGUCCAUGCAGCUGCAUUCUCAGGAAAUCAGUGGAUUCUUAGCAGAUUAUUGGAUGAAGGAGGUGAUCUGAGAGUGCAUGAUAAGAAUGGGAAAAAACCUCAGUGCUGGGCUAUGUCAGCUGAUAAAGAAACCAGUGCUCAGAUACUGAAAUUUAUACAGCGUUGCACAUCACACAUGCAGGCUGCCAUUCAAAACUUUCCCUCUGACCUACUCAGAAAGGUUGGCUCCUCAAAAGCCCUGGUCUACAGUCCAUCUCGGUUUGGUAGCCUUGUUCAAGGAAAUGUUGACAGUCCUCUGGGCAGAUUUCUAAAAGGUGGAGCUAAUGCAGCCAAGAACAUUUACAGCUUUGGAUUUGGGAAGUUUUAUCUUGCAGGUAGCGGGCAUCUUGAGUACUUGGCAUCUCUCCUUAUUAUUGGGGAAAAAGACCUGGUUCAGGCAGAUGAUGAACCAGCAUUUUCUUACCAUGUUGGUCCAUACAUGAUCAUGACAAACUUAAUGUGGGGAGGCAGCAGAGUUACAGUGAAGGAACUUGGCUUAGAGCCCCAUCAGAACUGCAGUAAACUGCGCUUCGCCGAUCUUCUUGUUGCAGAACAGGAACACGGCAGUAAACUCAGACAUCCUCAUUUGCUACAGUUGAUGGCUGUUUGUCUGUCUAGUGACUUGGAGAAAACCCGUUUGGUAUAUGAAAGGGUUAACCUUGGUUCUCUGUACAGUAUCCUUCAUGAAAGGCGUACAGAAUUCCCAGUACUGCACAUGGAGAUAAUUUUGCAUGUGCUGCUUCAAAUUAUCAACGCUUUGCGUUUUCUACACUCUCGUGGGUUUAUCCACCGUUCAGUUACCUCGUACGCUAUUCAGAUUGUUUCUUCUGGUGAGGCAAAGCUGUGCAACUUGGAAUACAUGAUAGAGAGCAAAGAUGGUGGAGAACACAGUGAUCUGACACGUAUUCCUGUCCCAGUGCAGCUGUAUAAGUGGUGCUCUCCUGAAGUAAUCCUUGAAAAAGUUGUCACAGUCAAAUCGGAUAUAUAUAGCUUCUGUGCAGUAGUGCAGGAGGCCUUGACAGAGACCCCCCCCUGGAAGGGUUGUGAAGACUCAGUUAUUAAACAGCUCAUAAUUUCGGGACAGCAGUUAGAAGCAGAUGUCAGACUUCCUGUGCCGUAUUAUGAUAUCGUAAAGUCAGGGCUGGAACCUAAACAGAAGAACCGCUCCAUGAAUCUUCAGGAUAUUCAAUAUAUACUGAAAAAUGACUUAAAGGACUUACUGAAGUCUCAAACUGGUCAUGCUGAUGAAAUGCCAAAAGCACAGAGACCUGUUGGUUUUGCAGAUGUGAACAUCUGCUUGGUGUCAGCUUUUAGCAGCCAGAAGAAAACACAGGAAUUUCAGGGAAAAGAGAUAACCAAGGCUGACAUCUCUACUUCCCCAAUAUACUCUGUUUUUCCUGAGGAGAAAAGUGCUUUAGUGCCCCAAGAGGCAUCAGCCAAUCUACAUACAGUUGCACAGGAUGAAAAUCAGGAUGUGGCUUCUGAACUUGAGAUGACCCCAAGUCUCAGUGAUGUGGAUGACAGCCUCUGUAGCUUUGAAAUCAAUGAAAUCUUUGCCAGUUUCCCAGAACCUGACAAAGAAUUCCUGGAAGAACGAACUGGAUUAGGUCAAACUCUAAAGGAUGAAAAAAGACAGCAAAAGGAAGAAGAUAAGGCUACCUUCAAAGACCUGUCUGCAUCCCCUGGAGUGCAUUGUGAGGAAAAGUCAGUUUAUGAGGAAGACAGCUUUUCAGAAUCAGAUACAGAGUACUCUACAGAAGCCCAGGAAAGCAUGAAUGAGGCCUCUGACCUGGCACAGGUGAGAGAUGCUGGGAGACUAGUGAGUAACCUGUCCAGAACUGAGCAGCACAUCAGCAAAUGUGUCCUUAGUGUAAAGAUAUCUCAGAGCAUGGUGCAGCAAAUAGCAGAUUCCCUGUGCAGACUAGAGGAGAAACUGGACAAAUCAGAGGCCACUAAAAACCAAAACAAGCUGCUCCAGGAAGUCAGAAUGAAUCAGCUUUCUGAGCAAAAUUUUCAAGGACACUGGAACAGAUCUGAUGAUACUUCCCAAAAUACUGAUAACUCUUUUUCUGGAGCUAAUACUUUUUCAUGGAAGGCUAUAGGUCCACCAUCAAGAAACUAUGUUCCACCGGGGGUAACAUGUCAGGCCCAAGGACCAUUGGGUGGAGGUGGUUUCCAAGCUGUUUCAAAGACAGCAAUGGAGGUAUUUCAAAAUGAGAAGUGGAAGUGCUUUCAUGAGAUGAACAAGAGUAAAAAUGAAAACAACCAUUAUGAUCUCACCUUCACUGUGGUGAAAAACCAGGAUGAUCAAGUGAGCCUGGACCACGAGAAUUUAUUCCCAUGUCUGUCUGUAAGAAGCAAAACAAAGUUCAAUUUGCAGUGUCAGAGAGGAGGUGAUUCACAUUCUGGAGCAAGCGGAAGUGAAGAAGAGAGGUGGUGCUAUCCAAAAUCAAGAUCUGAAAUUUACAGUACAAAAAUAAGUGAGGAGAGAAGGAUGAUGCAAUCAGAAUGGAGGACUGAAGUAAAGCAAAUGGCCAGAAGAGCAGCCUCAGGAAGGCUAGAACUUUGCUCUCCAUAUCCAGCCAAUGAAUGUACAUCUGAAAGUGAAGCAGAGAGUAUAAAUGAGGCCUUUCAACAUGUCACUGUUAGAGUCCAAAAAAGUCAAGACCAACAAAGAUACAGAUGGCAGUCAGUUAAUGAUGUUGAGCCUCAGGAUUUGGGCAAUGAGAAUAGAUCUGAAUCGGAGGAGAGUGAUCUGGAGUCUGCAUUCAGAAGUUCUGGAGGUAGGGUUGAAAAAUGGAAAAUAAUUUCUUCUCUGUUUGUCUCUCUCCAUCUCCCAGGAGAUUUCAGCUUCUGUGAUUUUACACUAAUUGUCAAUUUUGUCUUCCAGAGUCUUGCCCCAAAAACAGGGAGAAGUUCCCAGUCGCCAUCACAAGAUGAAAACGCAGAGUCUGGAAUAGCCAUUCUUAAGAAUUCAGUCCUUCCUCAACAAGUUGAGAAUGUCUCUAGAGGGCAUUCAAGGGAAUUACCUAGUUCCUUUAAUUCAUGUUCUGAUGUGUCUGAAGAAUUCUUCACUCCUGAUUAUUUCCUUCCUUCUACUGCUCAGACCUCAGAUGCUGAGGGCAAAUUAGAAGAUGCUUGUGGCAGAUUUUUGCAGAAACAGUUACCUGAAGAUGCAGGAUCAGGAAUUCAGGUUUCAGGAGGAAAAACACUACUCUGCAGCACAGCGGUGCAGAAGUUCGGCAGUAACAUGCUAGGAGUGAAUCAACUUAGUCGUAUGCCUGUAAGCAGUGUUGAAGCAGCACAAGAAAUAACACAGGAAGAAUGCCAAGAAAAAGAUGUAUCAGUGACAGAUAUUCACAAUUUGUCAAAUAUCCCCUAUGAGCAAGAGAGCUGCACCAGGGAUGUAGACUGUAAAACUCCCAGAGUGAGUCAUGCACCAAGGAGCUUCAGCACUCCACUCAGCUCAGAAGAAAAAAAUCCAAUAGCCUUUGAAAAAUACAAACGCUGCCAUGAAGUAGCUUCAGAUUCCUCCUUUUGCAGUUCUCAAGAGAUCUCUGCAGCAUCCAGGAUAUUCACUACACCCCGUAAAGAGGGAAGGAGCACUGAAAUUCCUUCAGUUGCUUCAGGAGUUUGCUCAUCUGCACUGAAUCAGCCUGAUGGGUUACCAGUAGUUGCCUCAUGCUUGAGAGGAACCAGAAAGGCAUCUGCACUCUCACAGGCAUCUAACCACUUCACUGAUGAGCUGCCUCCACCAGCCCAAGAGCUGCUGGAUGAAAUUGAAUAUUUAAAGCAGCAAGAUUCCAGUGCUCAAGACUUUGAAGAGAACGGAUUGUAUGAUUGUGGAGUGCAAAUAAAUGUUCCCGAUCAAAUUCAAAUGGAAGACAGAGAGUCAAGAAAGGAAUCUGAGAGAAAUGAGGAGGGAGAUCAUAGUUUAUGGACUAAGGAGUCGUUUAAUCUCUCGGAGGAAACAGAAAGGGCUCACUCUACUCUUGAUGGUAUUUUAGAAAGGAUGAUCCAUGCAGUUCCUGGGGAUGAGGAGAUCCAAGAACAGCCUGAGGGACAUGCUCUUUGGGCCAUUGCAAGCCUGCAAGAUCCAGAAGAUGUUGGAAGAAAGAAGGGAGCUGGGGCCACAAACAGAGCACCAGGAGGCUGUGCAGGGAGUUCAGAAGGUCCUCUUCAUCUGUAAAAGCUGCUGGAUGCUGUACUGGGCAGUACCACGUUUAUUGUAUUGUUAGCAUUCAAUUUGUGGAGCUUGCACAGGCUAGGCUUUUGCUUUUCUUGAUUUCUGGGUAUUGUUUCUACCCUGUGGUUUUAAAGGAGAGGAAGCUGCUCUAGACUUAACUCUCCAGAGAAAAUUUUCCAGUUUUGAGAGGCAGUUGAGACUGACAGCAUUGUGGACUGUUCACUGGGGUUGCAGAGUGUCUCUCUUAACUUGCACAGCAUUAGCAUAAUGAUUCUAUUUUCUGUCAGCCUUCUGGUGUGUGUUUUCCCUUGUUCAUUAAAUUUAACAAGGUAGUUUCUUGUUUUUUCUUAGUGCUUUUUUGAUCUAGUGUUGAACUGAUUUGACUGAUUAAGGGGAUUAAUUGCUGUGCAAAAAGCUAAUGAGAAAAAGGUGGAGUAUGAGAAGAUCUGGUUAGUAUUACAAAAUACUUGUUGUUUAAUUAAACCACAGUCUUGGUAAAGGCCUCAUCCAGAAAAAAACAAAAAACACCAAGGUGCCUGGAUAUAAUUGAGGUUUGGAUUUGGAUUUUGAUGGGCAUGGCAACUUCGUAGUUAAUUUUUCUUGUGAUAAAUGCUGUUGAGGUGCAGGAGGUGUGAUGACUCUCCCUGUCUACCUGACCAUGGGAUUGCAGCUGCCUUUAGCUACGUGUACAGCAUCUCGCCUUUUCAUUCCUGUUCGUGUAGGGAAAUGCUGCCUACUUGUAAGUGUUGGUUAGUGUUGUUAAACCAAAUUAAUAAAAGUUUCCAAGGUUA